AUGUCAAAUAUCAGAAACGAUUAUUUAUUCUUAACAAACAGAUUACUUGGUUAUAGCUCAUCUCAAGCUGAUUAUAAAAAGAUAAAUUCUUCUGUUGACAAAUUAUUACGAUUUAAAGAUGAAAAUGAUAAAAUAAAACAAAGUAUUGCUUUAUUGCAAAAGCAGAUUUUAGAUUCCAGCCAAGAAAUAUCAAUUAAUAUAAUUUUUGAACGGAUUUUGGAUAAGUUUAAAGAAUAUCAAAAUGGCUACCGAAGGAUAUCUAAAGCAUUUAAUCUUCAUGAUUCAAAUACUAAUGAUUUAAUAAAUAAAAUUCUCGAAAAGCACACGUCAUUACAAUUAGAGACAUCAGAACUCUCGAAGACUUACGACAAAUUAGCAAAAUCUGCAAACUCAAUGAGAGAUCAAAUUAAAUUGUUACAAAACCAAUUAAAAAAUCGUGAAAAAGAAAGCAUUAUAGUACAAUCAGAAGUUGAAAAGCAAAUUACAACCAAGCAGAUGAAAAUCGAUACCCUCGAAAACAAAUUAUCCGAUCUCCUUCAAAAAUCAAACGAAAUCAGAAUAAAUUUUGAACAAAGUCUCAGAGAAAUUGAAGAUUCGAACAAAUAUGCAAUUACAAGUCGAAAGGAAAUCCUUGAUCUCACAGAAGAAAACAAAAACCUCAAACAUCAAAUAGAAUUAAUGGAAACAAGGUUGAAAUCCUAUUCAACACAAAGUGAUAAAAUUUCAUCUUACGAAAAGCAAAUAUCUGGAUUGCAGCAAACAAUAAAUUCACUAACAAACCAAAUUGAAAUCCUUCAAAAUACUAAAAUUGAAAACAAUUACAAUGUUGAAUUAAAUUUGAAACGUGAAAACGAAGAACAAAAGGAUAAAAUUGCAAAAAAUCAAAAGAUUAUUUCAGAUAUGAAGAUCAAAAUUCAAGACCUUAACAUCAAAAUUGGUCAAUAUGAUAAAAAUAUCUCUGAUUUGAAACAGAAAUUAUCAGAGCAAAAGAAUGAUUUUGAAAAAUUACAAAGAGAAACUAUUCACAAGUAUCAAAAUCUUAUUAUAGAAUCCCAAAAUAAAGAAAGUCAGAAGUACAAAAUUGAACUUGAAGCAGCUGCAGAUGAAAUGAAAGAAUCUCAAUCAAUAAUGAGGAAAUUCGCAGAAAAGGUUGAAAAACAAAAUAGAAAAAUCAAGAAUUUAAAUCAAGUAAUUGAUCAAAUGAAGAAUGAAUCAUUCAAUGAAUCAAAAAUAAAUGGUGUCCUGAAGGAGAAAAUAGAACAGCUCAAUAAAGAAAAAAGAGAAGAUAUUCAAAAUAUUACCACAUUGAAGCUUCAAAAUUCCGAAUUAAAGAAAAAACUAGAACUAAAUGAAAGAAAUGACACAAGUAAAGCAAAUGAAUUCAUCUUAAAAGUAAAGUCACUAGAACUUGAACUUGAAUCGAUUAAAAAUGAAAAUAAUUCCUACAAAAUGACAAUUGAGAACUACAAACCUAAAUUAAAUGAUUAUGAAAUCAAAAGUUUACAUCAAAAAGUUAUGGCACUCGAAACAGAGUUAUCAUUAGAAAGAAAGAAAUUUACUUCACUUCAGACCCAGUUCUCAUCUCUAUGCAAGGAAAAUGAGAAAAAUAUUUUAAUGAUCAAUGAUUUAAAGAAAAAAAUAUCUAAUUUCCAACAAGAAAGCAGCAGACUUUCUUUGUUUGAGCAAAACAUGAAUGAAAAAGUUGAAUCAAUGCAGAAGAAAUUAGAACUUGCAGAAGGCAACUUGUCCACUAGCGAAAAGGCCUUGGCAACACUCUCAGAGCUGGUUAAAACUGCAAAAAUCGAAUUAAUUCGCUACAAUAAAUCUGAAAUUGAUGCAGAAAAUUCUUUAUCUAAUCUUUUUGGAAUUUUCGGAAUUACCAAUCAAAGAAUUAAAUCCUUGAUUGUAAAUAAACCAAAUACAAUUAAUAAGAAACCGGUCAGAACCAGCCAUGGAAUAGCUGGGAACGCGUCUGAUUUAUUUGUCCGUCUAAAUACCCUUUGCAACCAAGUGGAAAAUGAAACUGAAAAUAUGAGUAUAAUUUUACAAAAUUCAACUAUUCAAUAA